AGGCCGGGGAGCACGGCGAGCGCUGCCAGCCGCUCCCGCUCCCGCUCCCGCUCCGCGCACGGCGGGCGGGCCAUGUCCCCGGCUCCGGCCGCGGCGCGCACCCAGGCCCGGCCAUGAGGAGCGGCGCGGAGCGCAGGGGCAGCAGCGCGGCGGCGCCCCCCGGCUCGCCGCCCCCCAGCCGCGCGCGCCCCUCCGGACCCGACGCGACCCCGGCCCCGCCGCCGCCCGCCGCCGGCCAGCCCCGGGCCCGGGACGCGGGCGAUGCCCGCGCGCAGCCGCGCCCCCUGUUCCCGUGGAGCAAGUGGAAGAAGCGGAUGGGCUCGUCCAUGUCGGCGGCCGCGGCGCGGAGGCCGGUGUUUGACGACAAGGAGGACGUGAACUUCGACCACUUCCAGAUCCUUCGGGCCAUUGGAAAGGGCAGCUUCGGGAAGGUGUGCAUCGUGCAGAAGCGGGACACCGAGAAGAUGUACGCCAUGAAGUACGUCAACAAGCAGCGGUGUGUCGAGCGGGACGAGGUGCGUAACGUGUUCCGGGAGCUGGAGAUCCUGCAGGAGAUCGAGCACGUCUUCCUGGUGAACCUGUGGUUCUCCUUCCAGGACGAGGAGGACAUGUUCAUGGUGGUGGACCUACUCCUGGGCGGGGAUCUGCGCUACCACCUGCAACAGAAUGUGCAGUUCUCCGAGGACACGGUGAGGCUGUACAUCUGCGAGAUGGCUCUGGCCCUCGACUACCUGCGCAGUCAGCACAUCAUCCACAGAGACGUCAAACCCGACAACAUCCUGCUGGACGAGCAAGGGCAUGCGCACCUGACCGACUUCAACAUCGCCACCAUCAUAAAGGAUGGGGAACGGGCCACUGCACUAGCCGGGACCAAGCCGUACAUGGCUCCGGAAAUCUUCCAGUCCUUCGUCAGCGGUGGGAGCGGCUACUCCUUCGAGGUGGACUGGUGGUCAGUGGGGGUGCUGGCCUACGAGCUGCUGCGUGGAUGGAGGCCCUACGACAUCCACUCCAGCAACGCCGUGGAGUCCCUGGUGCAGCUGUUCAGCACGGCGAGCGUGCAGUACGUCCCCAGCUGGUCCAAGGAGAUGGUGGGCCUGCUGCGCAAGCUCCUCACGGUGGACCCCAAGCACCGAGCGUCCAGCCUACGGGACAUGCAGGCAGCCCCGUCCCUGGCCGGCGUGCUGUGGCAAGAUCUGAGCGAGAAGAAGGUGGCGCCAGGCUUCGUGCCCAACAAAGGCCGCCUUCACUGUGACCCCACCUUCGAGCUGGAGGAGAUGAUCCUGGAGUCCAGGCCCCUGCACAAGAAGAAGAAGCGGCUGGCCAAGAACCGGUCCCGGGACAGCAGCCGGGACAGCUCGCAGUCGGAGAAUGACUACCUUCAGGACUGCCUUGAUGCGAUCCAGCAAGACUUUGUGAUUUUUAACAGAGAAAAGCUGAAGAGGAGCCAGGACCCCGCAAGCGAGCCCCUGCCUGUCCCCGAGUCUGGGGAUGCUGUGGAGGACCAGGAGGGCGUGCGUCCUGUGCUGCCCAUGUGUGGCUCCCUCUGUCCCUCCCGCCUCAGCGAGACUUAAUGCCAGCUGCUUUGGAUACUCAGUCUGCCGGGACGACAGGACAGGCGGCGGGCAGUGGCCCCACGUGGACGUUCCCAACCAGGCAGCCCCGUUCCUCCCAGCACAGAGCCGGCUGGCGGCCCUGUUGCUCCCUGGUCCGGAUUCCCCGGAGCCCGCGUGCUGGCUCUCGGGAGCACAGGGCACGUGGAGGCUGUCAGUAUGGCCGCAGGCUGUGCGAGGAGGCUGAGUGCCCCCCUCCCCGGAGGCUCUGUUCCCUGCAGUUGUGGCCUGUGGCCUCUCCUGGUGGCACCCUGACCCGCUCCCCUGACCCACUCCCCCAGGUGGGCACCAGCCCUGUGGUGGGCGUUGGACACCAUGCGCGGGCCACCAGGGCCCACUCAGGCUUGCGCGUCCGGGGGGAGGUGAAGAGUGUUUUUAUAGAUACUCCUGCCGUGUUUCUGUAGAUUUCUCACCUCUGAGCAUCACGACAUAAGAGCCA